ACUCUUUAGUCUGUUCGAGGACGACGAACAAACCGGUCACGGAGCAAAUCUAUCGCACUCAAACAGCACUCAAACAUAAUGCAUCAAACCUAUUACACAAAAAUUAUGGAGACCAUGGAUGUGUUGCACAUUUCGGACGGUUUCAACAUCUACUUCCCCAUGGCCAUUUUUUUUUGGACUUUGUCUGGCGCUGGCGGCCACUUACUUCGUAAUGGGAGUUCGUUUUCUUUCCUUCAUCGGAUUCCAGCAAUUUGUAGACGGCGAAGAUGAUAUUACGGUCGAUCUGUCUGACGAAGGAAGAGAGCUUAUCAAACGGGAGAAGCGGAGGCGUCAGAGAGCUGAAGAUAAUGAAUCCCGAGGUCAAAAUGUCGAAGUUGUCAGCAGUUCCUCUCGAGUCGAGCGCGUUCGUGAAACUGGAGUCAUCGCAAUGUCGCCGAUGACAUCCCAUCCUGCUAUUGAGGAAGAGGCUGAAGGAUGUACCGGGCUAACUCCAAUUACCUCCGAUGGGCUUCAAAAUCCUCAGUUAGAUCAGAUCAUUGUGAUGCUGGGAAUUCAGGUCAGCAGCAUUUCAUUAGAUCAAUCUAAUGAAACUAACCCUCAACGACUGACUAGAAAACAGCGCGUCAACCAAAGAACUAAUAGACGAAAGAGGGAAAAGAGAAAACGAGAUGCAGUAGCCAAAGCUGAAGCUGCUAGGUCAUUGUCGAAUGAAACAACUUUUUUCACUUAUCCAAAAAAUUUUCUUCAACGUUUUUUUUCAAAAAUGUUUGAAUGAUAUUUCGUAGUCAUGUUUGAACUUUUUCUGAAUCUCAAUGCAAAAUUGUAAAUCCAAAUUAUUUUUGAAGGA